AUGUCGGAUAUAUUGUGCAGGUGGCUGAACGAGGAGCUCCGGCUGUCAAAAGCUGUUGAUCCAAGGACCUUUGCCAGGGACUUCUCCAGCGGGUACCUUAUUGGGGAGGUUCUGCACAAAUAUCAGCUGCAGAGUGAUUUCAGCAUGUUUAUGAAGAAAGACACCUCCAUAUCCAGACUGAAUAAUUUUACCCGUGUGGAGCCUACUCUCCGGUUGCUGGGGAUCUCCUUCGACAUAAACACAGCCCAGGAACUGAUGCAGGAGAAGCAGGGGGUUGCCACACGCCUCCUCUACCAACUGUACGUCUCGCUUGAAAAGAAGAAGAAGGCAGAAAUCAGUGGCACUUUGAUGGAAAUCAUGCAGCCUGCAGCCACUGUUGGCCUGCACAAAAAAGAGCAUGAGAUCUACUCUGAUCGACUGCAUCGAGUGGUAAAACGUGAUGCAGAGCUGAAGCUAGAGAAAGUCUCUCAUCACUAUGAGGACAAAUGCCAGCAACUGAACGACAGGCUUGUGAUGACCCAUCCCAUCCAGCAAAAGAGACAACUCAGAGUCCAGGAUGAGAAAAGCCUGAAGAAUAUUGAGAAGCUGCGAGUUAGUCGUCAGAAGCACAAUGACAUCAUGACUGGUAACCAGGCCACCACUGUCCAGGUGCCCAAGCCACCUCCCUACACUUCACAGCUCAACCUAAAGAGGAGGCAACAGCAGCAGCAACGCAGAGAACAACAAGUGCAGACAGUCCAGACUGAAAUAACCCAGUUUGAGACGAGGAAGAAACUGGUUACUUAUGGUUUUACUUCCUCUUCAAGUGGUCAGCCGCCCCCUGGAGAUUUUCCCAUUAGUGGCAGCAUCCAUGGCUGUGAGGUCCCUGGAAGUGGAACGAAGCUGACUUUACAAUCUAAUAGCAAGUAUAUACAGGAUAUCCGACAGAGGCUGGAGGAGAAUGCAGUAGCUUGCGAGCAGAGAGAGAAAAGACGAGACAGAUUCCUGGUGGAGCAGCUCAAGGCCCAUGAAGCUCAAGAGGAGGCCCAGCGAGAGGAGCAGCUGGUGAAGCGUCUGACACGUCAGACCCAGCAGGAGCAGCGUUUGGCGACCCAGCUCCUCCAGAUUCGCGUGCAGAAGGACGUGAUCCGGAAGAACCGCCUGUUCAGAGAGCAGCAGUACCAGCAGCGGAGAGAGAGGGACUUCCAGGAAGCUCUGGAGAGGGAGGCGGCUCUGGCUCAGCAGGCUAAGUUGGACCUUGCAGAGGAGAUCAGAAAGGAGCUUGAAUUCUGUAACAGGAUUGCUGCUGAGCGAGCUCAGAGCCGAUACAAGAAGCACUUUAAGACCUGCAAGGACAUUUUGGAGCAGAUAGUGGACUUGGCCACCAAAGUUGGAGAAUAUCGACUGCACACUGGGAAUCUGAUUCCAGAGAAGCCCAUGAGAGAGUGGAAGGAAUUGCUGUUCAGUGGCCUGCCUCUCUAUGAGCCAGAGAUAAAGUGCCAGCAGCCAGGGUUUGAGAUCUCUGCCCCACUAGACCCUGUAGAGCUUAAGAAGCAGGAGAUACUCAAAAACCAGGACUAUGAUGAAUACACUAACAUGCUAGGUGAGUGGGCAUGGCCAGAGGAAGCAGAGGAGACCAAAUUGCCCCUGACCAACAACAACAUUCUCGGACACGUUGUCCUGCGACUGAGGAACAUCGUUCAUCAACCCAUCAUGGAACCUGACUCGCCCUCAUUUCCUCACUUUACCAUCAAGGCCUGUGUCCUUGGCAAGUUUUGCUCUGGGAAGACCACCUGCCUGGCCAAGCUUGCUGAAGCCCAUGGCGUCCAUGUCUUAUCAGCUGACUCACUGAUCGCGGACGCACUGAAUGCUUACUACAAUGGAGAGGAGGAUGUACAGGUCACAGAGCAGCAGGAAGAGAAGGACAGCGAGCAAAUGCUCACAUCCUCCACAUCACUGAAGCCUGAUCUUGACACUCAAGAGGAAAGCUGUGACAGCAAUGUAAGACUUACUACCCGGGCCAUUCAGGGAGCAACUGCAGAAAAAGAGCUGAGGAAAGGCAACGCCAUCGCUAAUGAGCUGUUAGUGGACAUCAUAGUAGAGGCUAUCAGGCAGGUUCCAGCUCAGUCAGGUUGGAUCCUGGAUGGCUUUCCAAUGGACAUCACCCAGGCCCACCUGCUAGAGAAAGCCCUCGGUGGGUCUGUAGAUGAAGGGAAUGGCGUUGUGAGCAGCAGUACAGACCUUGUUGCUGAUCCUAAUCCACCCAAACCUGCAACACCCCCACCUCCUGCACUGGACCUGGCUCUGCUGCUGGAUAUCCCUGAUGAGUGUGUGGUCGGACGUCCGUUCAGUCAGACGGAAACAGAUAAUGCUGCUGCUACAACCUUCCAUCCCACAGACAAAAAUUUGUAUCUGGCACAGAUUCCACACAGGAUCACAGCUUUUCAAGACACCUGGCCAAAACUAGAGAAAUGGUUUGGAGGAACGCAAAACAUUUUGGUCCGUGUUGACGCAGAUGUGGACGAGGAGGAGCUUUACAAAAGGGUUGAGUCCAUCCUGAAACGAGUUAUGAUGCCAGCACAGGAAGCUCCUGCCGCUGCUCCUGGUGACGAUGUUGUGUUGGACAGUGGGAAAGCUCCAGACUCCUCCUUUUCAGCUACACCUCCACCUGUAGACCAGACUCAGGGCCUCACAAACGAAGCACACGCAGAGUCCCAUAUCAACCUUAACGAAGAAAAAGCCGAAAGUGUGAAGUCACUGUCCAAAUCCAACACACACUCCCCAAGAGGGCUAUCUAGGACGGUCUCAACUUCCUCAGUGACCAAUGAGGAAUCUCAGGGAGUCCCAGAGAACCCACCAGAGACUGCCUCUCCCUGCCCAGGUUCAUCCAGCUGGGUCUAUGUGGAUGAACCCCUUCCUCCAGAGCUGCCAGAGUACCUGUGCCCCCAUUGGGACACGGUGUGCGAUUCAUACGUGAACAACGUGAAGACGGUGACGCAUCAGCUGUGCUCACAACGAUCUGUUAUCAACCUUCACCUAUUCAACAUAAGAGAGGAAUACAAGCAUUACCUGGGGCGUCCAGACUUAAAGCAGGAGUUAGUGUCUCAUUGGCAGAAGGACUUCAACAGCAUACCUGAUGACAUGAGAGAAGACGAGGAUACCAAAGCAGAGCUACAUCUGAGGCUGGAUGAACUGCGUGAACGUCUGUGGGACAUUAGUGACAAACGAAAGGAGGAGGAUGAGAAAGAGAGGGCUAAGGUCAUGGGUGAUGGCUGGUUGGAGGAACACACUGCCAUCCUCGUCAACCACCACUCUGUACUCAUGCAGGUAGAGUUGGACCGUUUCCAGGGCACACUCUGUAUUCUCAGAGUCUACUAUUUGAGCAUGUACAGACAGGUGCUGCCUGAGCUUUCCUCCAAGUUGGAUUGUAUCCCCCUACUGGACCCCACAGAAGUUAAGGACCAGGAUGAGAGCCCUGAGCCAGCGGGCACAAAUAUGUCUAGUCAGAUGGAUGACGGAGAGGAAAAGAAGAAAACUAAACUUAGUCCUGACUCCAAGACGAAAAACCAGUCUCAGACAGAAUCUGUCAAGUCACCCAAUGAGAAACUGAUCUCCGACUAUGAAGAGGCACUCACAGCAAUCAGCAAACUGGUGUCAGCGGAAGCCCACCAGGGGGAGAUGAAAGAGCAGAAGGAGAGGGCGAGGACUCCAAUUCAAGAAGUUAGAGACAAAAUACAUAAAGAAUAUGCAGCCGCACUGGAUCAUGAGGAGAAUGCAGUAAAGGCACGCAUUGCGCUGGUGAAGGGUCAUGGUCUUGAGAUGCUGCAGUCCCUGAAAAGCAGGGCAGAACAGACAUUAAGCAGCAUGGAGAAGUGGUUAGAAGCACACUAUCUUGCAGAAAUGAAGAGUAUUGACCAACUGUCAGAAGUGGUCCGCCACCACAUAGAGGCUGGUGCUAAGUUGCAGAACGAGCUGGUGAUGGAAUGUACUGACUUCUACGUGAAUGGAGACAGCCUCAUGGUGGCCAGCCCGGCUCCCCCUCCACGUCCACCUCCUUUGGAGAAACCCACAAGGUCCACGCCCACCAUCACUCAGCUAGAGUCACUGCACCGACAGCUAUGCAACAUUGCUCCUUCAGGCCUCAUGUCCAGUUAUGACUUCUCUAUUUUGCUCAUGGAUAUCAUCUCUGUGAACAUGGGCAGAAACAUCUUGCCUGAGUCCUGGAUUAACAAGAACGAAACACAGGUCAUGGAGAUUGUAUCCCUCCUGACGGACGCCCAUGAGCUGAUAGACUGGCGUCGGUUUCUGCUCAGUGCUGCCCUCCCUUGGCCGUUUCCCUCCUUAACCCAGCUGCUAGUCGUGCUACAACGUUUCAAGGCAGCAGAUACUGGCGACACAGGCUAUGUUAACGAGGAACAGUACCUACAGACAGAGUUGUGGUUUUCCAAUGAGAGUGUCCAGGUCGUCCCAGAGGACCCCUCUGAGCCUCUGCCUUACAACCGUCUGGCUAACCUAUGCAAGUUCUUUUUCCAGUUGUUUGCAGACCACUCUCUUUCUCCCCCUCGACUGGACUAUGUGUGGAUGCUGCAGUACUUUGCGGCCGACCCUAACCCCAGACAGGGCUUCAUCAGAGCACUUAGUGUAGCGCUGGGACAACACCUCAAGCACUCCUCACCGGGCCAUCUUGUCAAGUCUAUGCCCAGUAUAGAUGAGGCUACCGAGCUCAGCUCCUCAGAACUCGAUGAAGACUACAAGGACGGAGACACUCCGUGUGCAUCAAACGGUUCGUCUGGGGAGAAGAAGGUGUCCAUCCCUGCUCUCCUUGCUGUCGUCUGCCACAAAGUCACCAAGAUGAGAGACAGCAGCCCCCUUCCUCCAGGCUGCCUGAGUCAGGAGGAGCACACUGAGCAGCUGGUGCAUGUGUUCAGAGAGCUGGGCUACAAGCCUGAGGACUGCGCCCCCUUCUCCGUCCUCUCACAGCAUCCUUUCAUCCAACGCCUGAUAGAGACCUCAAAGCAGUACGAGCUUGUAAACAUUCAUAGAGUGAUACUGGCCCAUCAGGAUGAAGGAGAGAUUCCUAAAGGAUAAGAUGUAUACAUGUUUGCUUUGCCCAUUUGAAAGUGUUCUCAUUACA